AUGACGGUCGAUCACCCUGAGGGCGAGAAGGAGGAGGGCAGUGAGGGAGAGUCCACGGAAGAGGAAGAAGAAUGGGAGCAGGUCAAACGCCCCGACGCGCGCCCUACAACUUCGCCGUCAGAUUCGGCUGAUGCGCUCGAGGACCCACCCGCACAUGCGUCCGACAUUCUUGAUCUCACUACGCCAGAUUGGGACUUCGGCUUCUCAGCCGCUCAGAUCUCAGAUGUCGUACGCGCGCUACUCGAGUCCGACACAAAAGGCGCACGUGCUGCGCAGGACGCUCCAGCUUGGCAAAGCAGCUACAGCGUGCGCCCGUUCGGAACUGCGGUGGCGAAAGGGGAUUACACCGCCGUUGCAGCACUCGCGGUCUUCGGCGCCAAGGUGGGGUCGAGCGAGGAGGAUGUUUCGCGUGCCGCCGAUACGCGAAAGCAGCGCGCUUGGAUCGGCAACGCCAAAAACUGGCGUGAGUGGGCACACCAUCCGCUCGAGGCCGCGCUAGCGCGAGGUGAAGGGAUUGAGAGCAUCAAAAUGCUGCUCUCAUAUUGGUAA